GGGAAACCAGCCAAUGUCCGUCGCUGGUUGGCGCCUGCGCAGUGCUGCCCUUGGCUGCCCCUCUCCCCAAUUCCCUGGUUGCCCGAGGCAACGGGGCCUACCGUCUUUCUUUCGCCGCAGCCUCGGGAUCAUGUCUUGGGACCCCGUGAACACUCUCUGCGAGCAGCUGGUCAAGGCGGUGACGGUGACCAUGGACCCGGCUUCCACGCAGCGCUACCGCCUGGAGGCCCUCAAGUUCUGUGAAGAAUUUAAAGAAAAAAGUCCAGUGUGUGUUCCAUGUGGGUUGAAGCUGGCAGAGAAAACUCAGACUGCUAUCGUACGGCACUUUGGUCUUCAGAUCCUGGAACAUGUGGUGAAGUUCCGCUGGAACACUAUGACUCGGCUUGAGAAAGUGUAUUUGAAGAACAAUGUGAUGGGGCUCAUAUCUAAUGGUACACAGAAUAUUUUGGAGGAAGAAAGUCACAUUAAGGAUGUUGUUUCUCGCAUCGUGGUGGAGAUGAUCAAGCGUGAAUGGCCCCAGCACUGGCCAGACAUGUUAAAGGAGCUGGACACACUCUCCAAACAAGGAGAGACGCAGACAGAACUGGUGAUGUUCAUACUUCUGCGCUUGGCAGAAGACGUGGUAACAUUCCAGACUCUGCCAGCCCAGCGACGACGGGAUAUCCAGCAAACUCUCACCCAGAACAUGGACAAGAUCUUUAGCUUCCUGCUCAACACCCUGCAACAGAAUGUUAACAAGUACAGACGCAUGAAAGUGGAUGCAUCUCAAGAAUCAAAAGCACAAGCAAAUUGUCGAGUAGGGAUAGCAGCACUCAAUACUCUGGCUGGCUACAUUGAUUGGGUGGCUAUGAAUCACAUCACUGCAGAUAACUGCAAGCUCUUAGAGAUGUUGUGCCUGCUUUUGAAUGAGCCAGAACUUCAAGUUGGAGCAGCAGAAUGCCUUUUGAUCGUGGUCAGCAGGAAAGGGAAAUUGGAGGAUCGCAAGCCCUUGAUGGUUUUAUUUGGGGAUGUUGCCAUGCACUACAUACUCUCUGCUGCUCAGACAGCUGAUGGAGAAGGUCUAGUAGAAAAGCAUUAUGUUUUUUUGAAGAGACUUUGCCAAGUCUUGUGUUCUUUGGGCAGCCAGCUAUGUGCAUUGGUGGGCUCUGAUUCAGAUGUGGAAACACCUGCCAACCUAGAAAAAUUCCUUGAGUCAUUUCUAGCCUUCACAACCCAUCCUAGUCAGUUCUUACGCUCUUCCACACAGAUCACAUGGGGAGCACUUCUUCGGCAUGAAAUCCUGUCUCGUGAUCCUCGGUUGUUGGCUAUUAUUCCAAAUUAUCUGCGGGCAUCUAUGACUAAUUUAGUGAAGGUGGGGUUUCCUUCCAAGACAGACAGCCCUAGUUGUGAAUAUUCUCGAUUUGAUUUUGACAGUGAUGAAGACUUCAAUUGCUUCUUCAAUUCUUUUCGUGCACAACAGGGAUCGGUAAUCAGAAUGGCAUGUCGACUGGACCCUCGGACUGGCUUCCAAAUGGCUGGUGAAUGGCUGAAAUACCAACUGUCCACUCCUGUGGAGGCUGGUCCCACAAACUCUAAAACCAAUGAAAGCCACUGUUCCAUUUUUUCUCCUGCCUUUGUGCAAUGGGAUGCUAUGACAUUUUUCUUGGAGAGCAUUAUUAGUCCAGUGUUCCGGACCCUGGAAAAGGAAGAGAUCCCAGUGUCAGAUGGCAUAGAGCUUCUGCAGCUUGUCCUUCGCUUUGAAACAAAGGACCCCCUCAUCCUGUCCUGUGUUCUUUCUAAUGUCUCAGCACUCUUUCCAUUUGUCACGUACAGGCCUGAAUAUCUUCCAGAAGUUCUUUCUAAGCUUUUUGCCUCUGUUACCUUUGAAGUCGUAGAAGAAAGUAAAGCCCCAAGAACCCGUGCGGUGAAGAAUGUGAGACGACAUGCCUGUUCCUCCAUCAUCAAGAUGUGUCGGGAUUACCCAGAGCUUGUGCUGCCAAACUUUGACAUGCUGUAUAACCACGUGAAGCAGCUGCUGUCUAAUGAACUGCUCCUGACCCAGAUGGAGAAGUGUGCUCUUAUGGAAGCCCUGGUCCUUAUUAGCAACCAAUUCAAGGAUUAUGAGCGGCAGAAGGUCUUCUUGGAAGAACUGAUGUCUCCUGUUGUUACCCUGUGGCUUUCUGAAGAGAUGAAAAGAGUCUUGAUGAAUUCUGAAGAUUUUAUCCGUUAUGUUGGUGCUGAUAACAGAAUUACUCAUCCAGUCACAGAAGAUCCCUGUGGCCUGAACCGUUCUAGAAUAAGUUUUUGUGUAUAUACUAUUCUGGGAGUUGUAAAACGUGCUUGUUGGCCCGCUUCCUUGGAAGAGGCAAAGGCUGGAGGAUUUGUGGUUGGGUACAUGUCUAAUGGAAAUCCAAUCUACCGUAACCCUUGCUCUGUGCAGGUCCUGAAAUUUUUCGACAACUUGCUUGCUCUUAUAAGGACUCACAACAACCUGUAUACACCAGAGAUAGUGGCUAAAUUGGGAGAAAACUUUGCAAAAGCCUUAGACAUGCUGGAAGUGGAAAAGAAUGCCAUUUUAGGCCUUCCUCAGCCUCUGCUAGAACUUUAUGACUCUCCUGUUUACAAAACAGUGGUGGAAAGGAUGCAGGGUUUUUUCUGUACCCUGUAUGACAACUGUUUCCAUAUUCUGGGGAGUGCUGGCUCAUCAAUGCAGCAAGAUUUUUACAGUGUUGAGGGUCUAGCAGCUCUGCUACUCAACUCUGCCUUUGUCAAUCUUGACAAUAUUCCUGACUACAGACUGCGUCCUAUGCUUCGUAUAUUUGUGAAACCCUUGGUCCUCUCCUGUCCAUCUGAACACUAUGAGUCUCUUAUCUGUCCUAUACUUGGACCACUCUUCACCUACUUACAAAUGAGGCUGUCCCAGAAAUGGCAGGUUAUCAGCCAGAGAAGUUUGCUUUGCAGUGAUGAGGACACAGCAGAGGACAACCCAGAGUCCCAAGAGAUGUUGGAGGAGCAGUUGGUUAGGCUGCUCACCCGAGAAGUCAUGGAUUUGAUUGCUGUCUGCUGUGUCUCAAAGAAAGGUGCAGAGCAGAAUAGUGCUGUUGCUGCAGAUGGAGAUGAUGAAGAAAUGAUGUCUGCAGAAGUGACUGUACCAUCCAACUCUGAGCUUACUGAACUGGGCAAGUGUUUGAUGAAGCAAGAGGAUGUUUGCACUGCUCUGCUUAUUACAGCCUACACAUCCCUUUCCUGGAAGGAUACUCUGUCCUGCCAAAGAACAACCUCACAUCUCUGCUGGCCAUUGCUUAAACAGGGGCUCACAAGGAACUUGAUGAACCCUGAUGCAGUAAUCUGGUUUUUUACAAGCGUAUUGAAAGGAUUGCAGGUGCAUGGACAGCAUGAUGGUUGUAUGGCAGCUCUUGUUCACUUGGCUUUCCAGGUCUACGAGGCUUUGCGUCCACGCUAUGCUGAACUGAAGACAGUAAUGGAAGCGGUUCCAGAAAUUCAGAAAGAGUCUCUGGAACAAUUUGAUUCCAAGCUACUCAAUGUAACACUGAAGAAAAUGGCAGAAAAGCGCCGGAAGGACCACUUCAAACGCCUGAUUGCAGGCUGCAUAGCGAAGCCCCUAGGAGAACAAUUUAGGAAGGAAGUUCACAUCAGAAACCUCCCAUCUCUUUUCAAGAAUGUGCAACCAUCUCUACAGUCAGAUGUAUUGGAAAACAGUGAAGAUGGAGCACUCAUUGCUCUGUUCGAGCCAUAAGAUCUGGACAUUUUUCCUGCUGUCCUCUCCUUUGGUAUUCUGUGUUCUUUCAGUCAUUGUUUACUUUCUGUUCACUUCCCUUGAGCCUGGAUAGAGCUCACUGGCUUCAUCCAUUCUGCUUGGAAGAUGGAUGUGAACUGAAAACACAGUUCAGUCUAAGAAACAUAAUGUUUCAUUUUCUCAGUUCAAGUCACACCUCAGUUCCACAGUUGGUUUCCAUUGGGUAGAGUCAUCUAUUCAAUCUCAUCACUGAUCUAAUUCUUUAGAAAUUAGCCUUUCUACAGGCAUAUGGUGCUUUCUGAGUGAAGAGAGCAUGCAGUUCAGUCCCUUUUAUGCCUAUCACUACUUACACUGUGGUAGUCUCAGUAUGACACUAUCAGAGGACCCCUCCUAUUUCCCUUUUGGAAAGCUCAGCAUUCCUGCAGCAUCACAGAUCUGCACACUGAACAUUGCCAUACCCUAUUCUCCAUUGACUAGAAGCUGCAUUUCUUUUCAAGUAGCAGUUGCUCAUAUAUUCCAUCAAACCAAGCAAGUUAAACUAUUAUGUUGUCACUUUGGCUGAACUAUACCUCAAGAAGCCUAAAGUGAAAUAGCUUACCCUCCUUUGUCCCAAAAAUAUUAUCCAAACAAGUACCCUAGCUCCAAGUCUGGCAUUAGCUGCCAGGUGCCUGAAUGGUCCAGAUUAACCCAGGACUAAUUUGUGUUCAUCUGAAAUAACCAAGCAGAAAUGCUAUACUUGAAAGUGGAGUUGCAGAGGUUUGGAUCUGCAGCUCUUAUAGAGCCUGGUAAUGGAAAAAUACAUGCAAAGCAAGCUUCACAGUAGUUUGGGAUUGUAUAUGUAGCCUAGGAUUCUUGACUUUAAAAUCUUGGAUUUUUAAAGAUUGAAUUUGAAGAAAUCAGUUUUUCAGUACUAACUAGAAAGUCAUUACUUAAUAACCAUUGCAGUAGCAUAACUGGAGAUGCAAAAUAAUAUUUAACUGAAGAGAGGUAUAGUUUAAAUGAUUUUGCAGUCUGGUGCCAUGGCCAGGAAUGUUUGGAGACUGCAGGCCUUAACAUGGUGUUCAGGCCCUUGCUAAUAGCCUGCCCCCACUCAGACUUUUAUGUUUCCCUCUAGUCUUGAGAUCAGUGUAACAUUUAUUAAAACAAAACUCCUAUGGCAGUAGCUUUGGAGUCUAGUGUAACUGUAUUUAUUGUGUCUCGGUUAUGUUAUUUUCUGUACCCAUGACAGAAACAUUUCAAGUAAUUUGAGGGGUUUUGUAAGGACAUUGUAUCUGAAGAUGUCCAAAUCAAUUGUGAUACACCUCUGAAUGUGUUAAUAAAGGUCUUACAGUUUUA